AUGUUAGCUUCCAUCCCGCAGAUGGAGACGGUACGAUCGCUCCCUAGGAACCCCGACGUCGUUGCGCGACACCCAUCCGCAGAGGACCUCGAUGCUGCUCAACAGUUGAUAUCAUCCGCCCAGGCGGGUCGGGAACAUCCUGUCGACCGGCUGCGCGACGAUCAAGGCCCGAGAGGUUUCGAGGAAAUGCCUAGCCGUGGCCCAUAUGAAGCAGACAAGUACCUGGAUGGGUCGACACAACAUUCAUCUGAAGUCGGAAGAGGUUCGGACAAGGCAUCGUCACCCAAGUCUCAGAAAGAUACAUCAUUUCUAGGACAUUCGUGCAGUAACUGCGGCACAAAAAGCACCCCAUUAUGGCGACGCUCACCUACCGGUGCCAUGAUUUGCAAUGCUUGUGGUCUUUAUUUGAAGGCUCGUAACGUGGCCCGACCGACGAAGCGCAAUCGUGUGCAGGCCAGUCCUGAAGCUACGCAACUAUCGAGCAAUCCCCCGCAUCCUCCGCAUGAUUCACCUGCCCCGGCGAAUGAAGGAGGAGGAGGAGGAGGCGGCUGUCAUGGCUCAAAAGGAUCGUGUCCUGGCGGUGGUAAUUGUAAUGGUACCGGAGGGGCUGAGGGUUGUGACGGGUGCCCCGCUUACAACAACCGUGUGUACAAAGCGACCCCCCGCGGCACGAUGCCUGUGCAUGCUUGGAAUCGAACUACAACCUCCGACACGGAAAAGCCUCUGCCACUACAAGAGCCCGAACUGUCUGUCAAAAAUGGCACUUCGCCAGCGCCGACAGAAGGAAAUUUGCUGGUAUCCUGCCAAAAUUGCGGCACUACGGUAACUCCACUUUGGCGACGAGACGAGAAUGGGCACCCUAUCUGUAAUGCGUGCGGUCUUUACUACAAACUUCACGGCUGCUAUCGGCCUACCACGAUGAAGAAGACCAUUAUCAAGAGACGGAAAAGGGUUGUACCAGCGCUGCGAGAACAUUCUCCGACAGGGGCCACGCAGUCGUCGAAUGGGUCGUCCGCCUCGCCAGAAGCGUCUCCUGCUGCAUUGGCUCCGGCUCACGACGACCACUAUCGCUAUUAUAGCUCGGAGCCGAUGGAUCAUUAUAAGCAUAUGCCUGGUGAUCGGAUCUCACAGCAGGCCCCAAGGGAGUUUGGCUUCGCCCCGCCACCAGUUGAUUUCACAGGUUUCGGCUCGGGGACGGUGUCUUUACCGCACCACCCUCCCCCACCAAGGCUGUUGGAGCCGGAUCGCAUUAACGCUCCUAGUCAUUCUCCCGUCUCACAAUUCGGGCGACGCUCUCUUUCCCCAAAUCCUGCGAAUCCCAAGAAACGGACUCUCGCAGAGACCGCGUCAUCAGCAGAGGCCGCUUCGAUCCCCACCACAUUGGAAUCCGGGUCCAAUCAGCUCCCACCGAUCAUGUCAUCUGCCAAUCCUUCUCCACCGGGUCGUCUCAGCUCAAUCUCUUCCAUUCUAAACCCAUCUAGCACGCGGGACGAGUCUCGUUUGGAUCCGUCACUCGCGGCACUGAGCCGCCAGCAGCACCAACAUCCGCACCAAACGUUGGCGCCUCCGCCCCCUCAACCCUUGCCCGGCGUCACGGAGCUGGAUAAUAUGCGGGAAGAGCGCCGAGCCCAACUCCAGCGCGAAGCGGAGGAGAUGCGAGAAAUGUUAAGAGCGAAGGAGCGAGAAUUGGCCGAACUGGGACGGCAAUAA